AUGGGAAACGCAGCUCGGAAGUUCGUUGAUCUCAUCAGACAAUCCACAGCGAAGUGGGCCAACUGGGAUCCACCUAUACCCAUACCAGUCGGUGCAUAUGGCAGGCUGAAUACCGAGACGGGCGAAUUGGACAUCGAAGGCAAUAUCUAUGAUCCGGAAUUCCAGGUCUUGCUGGAUAAGGUGGACGGGCAACUGAAGCUAGCAGAUUUCCUUCCUCAGAUUGGUGCCGUGGAGGGCGACUUCAUAGUGUGUACGAUGGGUGUCCGGCAGAAAGACCUCAAGAUUGAUGGAGAGAUAAACGUCGCUGGUCUCGCUCAAGCAUCUAUCAAAGGAGAGUGGCAGUUUCAGCGCGGCAAGCGUGGUGCCCUCCUGAUCAUGCACAAUCCAAGACAAGAAUACGUUCCGCGCGGCAGGGUUUUGGAGACGCUGUACAAGGUCCCAGAGCUCAAAGACAUGCACAUCGUCAACUCCAUCUUCAAAUGUCCCGCCUACACCAUAUACCUUUCGGACAAAAGUGGAGAGAAGAUUUCCUUGGCACUUACUUCCAACGGGAAUGCAUCUGAGCCCUCACAGUGGUGGUCAGAUACGAACGUGAGCCUGCUGCGGAAGGGGCAUCACAAGGACUAUAUGUUCACGCCACUGUAUGGGCUCAAGCGCAAGUUGCCAUUGAUACGACGUCUCAUGCGAGAGUCUCCUGUACCUGAUCCCGAAGGUGAUGACUUCUGGGUAGACGUGCAUGUACCCUGGGAUCCUCUGGAUGAGGACGGCGAUGAGGAUUAUUCAUUAGAGGUACGUCGUAACUUUUGA